AUGCGCGGAGAGUAUGUCUUCAUGAUAUUCUUCACAUGCGAAGAAUGGCUUACUAAUCCCACAGUAGAGCCAGUCACGUCUGCGAAGCCCACUGCACCAUCACAAGCUCCCCCGGCACCUCCCACAACCCCACAGGAAGCCUCACGCGCAGCCGACCUCGCCGCUGCAGAAGCCGUCACCGAGUCCGACAGUGCGCAGCCACCAGAGCCCAAGCCCGAACUGCCCUCCCAACAUGGGAAGACACCAAACCCCACAAAGAAGGCCGAUGCCGUAUCCCCACCUACCACACCAACACCGCAUCCCGACACCCAAGCCGCCCUGAAGAAAGCGCCCGCAUCGUCGCAAAUAAACACCCUCAACACCAAGGCAGACGACAUACCCAGGCCGUCUGCCACAUCAACAUCCAAGCCCAACACCGAGUCGUCCUUGAAGAAGCCCAAAGCCUCGACACCACAAAAACCCACUCUGAUGUCAAUCGACUUACCACCACCAAGGUACCACGUCAGGCGCACGAAAAACAACAAUCUGCCAAUAUACACCGACUACAAGCGCGGUGGGAACUUGCAUCUGACCACAAUACGCAAAAUAACAGGGGAUCUGUCGCAGCUCAGGGAUGAGCUGAGAGUAUACUUGAACAAGAAGGAAGAGGACGCCAAGAUUAACACCCUAACACAGCAUGUCAUAGUCAAAGGUCAUCAUCCCGUCAUGGUCAAGACCUUCUUGGAGCAGAGGGGCUUUUAG